AAUCCAUGUAUGGCUCUUCUGCAUAUGAAGAUUACUCACACUGUGACACCGUGCAGACUAUUAAUCGUCAACAUUGCGUCUUGAUUCUUUCAAAAUUUUCUUCUCUUCUCCUGUCUUCUAUUCUUUCUUCUCUACCAUCUUUUACCUGAUUUUUUCUUAUGAGCCUAAGUGCAUACCGUACAUCCGCGUCCAUGGCCGUAGCACAGUUAGCUGAUCGUCGCAGUUACAACGGAAUCCUCAGUGGUCUUGUCAGCUACUUCUCCGACGCCGCAUCAACGAUGGAAGAAACGUCAUACGACUUCUCCAAGCCUCUUGUCCCCGUGAAUGUCUCCUUCGACUAUAUAGAUGGCAAGACAGAGAUCACGUUGAAUGACGAGGAAAAACUUCUCGAGCCAUUCACAUAUUACCGACAUGUUCUCUCAGGAAAAGGCCUUAGAAAGGCUCUUCUAAAUGCUUUCAACCACCACUUGGGACUUCCACAAGUCUGGAUCGACGGUAUUGUAUCCAUUAUUGAAGACUUGCACAACUCCUCGCUUUUGAUUGACGAUAUCGAGGAUGGAUCGCCUCUUCGUCGAGGUUCUCCCACAGCCCACAUCAAAUAUGGGGUUGCUCCUGCUAUAAAUUCAGGGAACUACGUGUACUUCUUGACGAUGGCCAAGGCGGCUGCUCUUGCCUCAGAACACGGUGCUGAUAGCUCCGAGAUGACCCGUGUUUUCAUCGACGAAAUGCUAGAGCUACACCGUGGUCAAGGAAUGGAGAUUUGGUGGAGACAGAACAGAGUUUGUCCCACCGUUGAGCAAUAUCUGCUCAUGGCCGAGCGGAAGACUGCUGGUCUUCUCAGACUCGGUGUUCGGCUUAUGCAGUGUCACCCAAAAUCUCCUGCGAAAGUCGACCUAUCAUCGCUUGCAGUACAGAUCGGCGUUUACUAUCAAAUCCGUGACGAUUACAUCAACUUAGCUUCAACGAACUACACAAGCCAAAAGGGCUUCGCUGAGGACAUUAGUGAGGGGAAGUACGGCUUCCCAAUGAUACAUUCAUUGAUGGCCGCCCCAAAUUCUGGUCUUGCUCAAAUUCUUGACCAGAAGCCCGAGGCUAUCCCUAUGAAGCGGAAGGCCAUUGACAUCAUUCGCCGGACCGGUUCUUUCGAGGCAACAGUCGAGUGCCUGGUGCAACUUCGACAGCGGUUACAAGAUACCCUAGUGGCGGCUGGUCGCAAUCCAGGGCUUGAGCGCUUUCUUGCAGAGUUGUCUAUAGAACAUAUCGAGUAGUUAGCUAGGCAUUGCAUUUAGGCUUAAGUUAUGAUCGGGUAUCCAUUUAUUUAUAUUGGAUGUAUCUUGAAGGGGGCACUCUGUAGGCAGGCAUGAUA